UGAGUUUGUGCUUCAUUUUGCAACUCAUAAUAACCAUAUAAUGUUGUUGUGUUUUUUGAGAAGCUGAUGAAUAUGUAACAGGAAAGCCAUGGACAAGAGAACUGAUCAUGUGAAGUGGGAAAAGGUCAAGGGUAGAGGGUUACUAGAUUUAGUGUUUUCUUGGUCUAUUCAAGAUGUGCUCAAUGAGGAUCUUUACAAAGACCAGGUGGAGAAGAUCCCAAACUCUUUCAAGUCAACAGCUCCUUACAUGAAAGCAUUCAUUCCACCCCUACAUGUGGAAACACAUGCUGAUUUGCUUUCAAGUACAGAAUCACUGGCUGAAGCACCAACUUGUAGAAUACUGUGUGUUAGAAAAUCUAAGGAUUAUAAGCCACCUAAGGACUUGUUUUACGAAAUUUCGGUGGAAGAAACCACAGUUGGAUAUGUACCUUGGGUCGGGGAUCUUAUAGCCCUGACAUAUGUGCAACUGAAGUGCAUUGAUGAUUUAAGGAAGACCCAGCAUGCUUUCGUUCAUGCCGUGGAAGGGGGAAAUCGUUUGACACCCUCGAUUCUGUCUUCGAAGCCCAUAGUGGAUGAAGAAGGCUUGAACAAGGGAACACUCUUUGCUGUUCAUUUGAUAAAUCUGACGACAAAUUUGCGAAUAUGGAGAUCGUUGCACUUGGAACUCGAAGGGAGGAACAUGAACGUUAUUAAGAAAGUGCUGCAAAAAAAUUUCAAUGAUGGUGGAAAUUGUUCUAUUUGCUCUUCUAGUAAAAUUAGUGAUGCUGCCUCUGCCUGCAUAAGGGAUGCAUUACAGACUUUUAAUUUAAACAGCUCACAAGAAGCUGCGGUUUUAAGCUGUAUUCACACAGCCAGAUGCUGUCACCAUUAUUCUGUCAAAUUAUUAAAGGGUCCUCCAGGAACUGGGAAAACAAAGACAGCUAGUUGCUUAUUACACUCACUAUUAAGAAUGAAAUGCAGAACACUUACAUGUGCUCCAACUAACAUUGCAGUGUUAGAAGUUGCAGCUCGUGUCGUGAGUACAGUUGCCGAUGUAGUUGGAUAUGAAACAUAUGGCAUGGGAGACAUAAUUCUGUUAGGGAAUUGGGAGAGAAUGAAGGUUGAUGGUGAUCAGAAUGACCUUCUUCAUGUAUUUCUUGAUCAUCGUGCUGAUAUACUUGCGAAGAGCUUUGAUACAUCAACUGGCUGGAAACACAGUUUAGCUACAUUGAUAAGUUUACUUGAAGACUCUGAAGCGCAAUACCAUUUGUACUUGCAGGAUAACAUGGGAAAGGAAGGACUUUUGACUUUGAUGAGGAUCAUGACCAGGGCUCUUGAUUUGAUGACAUCACUUGAAACCUUGUUGCUUAGUCUCAGUGCUGCCAAUGAAGGUUUAAAGCAGAUUCCAGGGGAAAAUGAAGAUGAAGAAAGAAGACUUCAUGAUCGUAUAAAGUUGAGAAAUGAAAAAAGGGAAUGCCUCAAUACUCUACGCUUACUUUCUCUAAAAUUUCAGGUUCCAGAAUUCGCUGAUAAAAAUUCUAUUGAGAAAUUCUGCUUAUCAAAUGCAUGCCUGCUUUUCUGUACCGUGUCAGGCUCUGCCAGGCUGCAUAGUAUAAGAAUGGCACCUCUGCACUGCUUGGUGAUUGACGAAGCUGCUCAGCUCAAAGAAUGUGAAUCAACAAUCCCCUUACAACUCUCCGGCCUUCACCAUGCUAUUCUCAUAGGAGAUGAACGGCAAUUGCCUGCCAUCGUUAAUAGCAAGAUUUCAGAGAAGGCUGGUUUUGGUAGAAGUUUGUUUGAGAGGCUCGUAAAGCUGGGAUGCAAGAGCCAUCUUCUAAACAUUCAAUAUCGAAUGCAUCCAUCAAUAAGCUUAUUUCCGAAUACGGAGUUCUAUGGAAGGCAGGUUUUGGAUGCGCCGAACGUCAAAGAAACUGGCUACAGGAGACGGUUCCUCCAAGGAAACAUGUUCGAAUCCUACUCUUUCAUAAAUAUAGCCCAUGGAAAAGAGGAAGUUGUUGAGAAACAGAGUUUCAAAAAUACAGUCGAGGCUGCUGCUGCUGCUGAUAUAGUUGGGAGACUUUUCAAAGAUAUUAAUGGCACUGGGAAGAAGGUUAGCAUAGGUAUCAUAUCACCAUACCAGGCUCAAGUUCAUGCAAUUCAAGAGAAGAUUGGGAAAUUCAUUUCAGACUCUGACAGUGCCUUUUCUGUAAGUGUUGGCACGGUUGAUGGUUUUCAGGGUGGAGAGGAGGAUCUGAUAAUUAUCUCUACUGUUCGAAGCAAUGAGAACGGAUCGGUGGGUUUUGUUUCGAAUCCUCAACGAACAAAUGUGGCGCUGACUCGUGCAAGGUUUUGCCUCUGGAUUUUAGGAAAUGAAGCAACUUUAGUUAAGAGCGGCUCUAUUUGGAAGAAGAUAGUCAACGAUGCGAAGCAUCGGCAAUGCUUCUAUAACGCUGAAGAGGAUGAGAGUUUGGCUCAGGCUAUUACAGAAAGCUUGAUCGAGCAUGGCCGACUUGAUGUUCUACUACAAACUCACUCCCCAUUGUUCCGGAAUGCAAGAUGGAUGAUUUUUUUCAGUGAUGAUUUCCGGAGAUCCAUGGCGAGAGUUAGGAAUGUCAGAAUCUGUAAGGAAGUGCUUUCCCUAUUAGCCAAGCUUUCAAAUGGUUGGCGUCAGCAUCAGUCUCGCAAGAAGAGAAGCCUAAUGGUUCACAAUGGCAUUUCUUUUCCACUGAUAGAGCAGUAUAAUGUCAGUGCACAGCUAAAUAUGAUCUGGACUGUGGACAUUCUGCAGGAAAACUCAUUCUGCAUUCAAGUUUUGAAGGUUUGGGAUAUUUUACCAUCACCUAAUAUACCAAAACUAGCAACGAGUCUCGACACCUUAUUUCGGAAUUACACGAAGGAGCAGAUGAAUCGCUGCUUAUACAAAUGCAUGGAGGGGAAUUUGAUUGUUCCAAUGAGAUGGACAGUGAACACGUGUAGUGACCGUCAGGGCAGCUGCGGUGGAGCCGAUGCUGUGCAGCUGCGGAAAUCACUUGCAUCACUCUGUCUAGAGGAUGAACCAAGCACAGCGGGUAAAGCUGCCAGAAAACAACGAAGCAUCAAAAGGGAUUAGCCAAGAACCAGCUUACAACUCCAAUCCAAAGAAAUAGAAGUUCUUGAAGGGCAAGGACAAUGAUGCCUCUUUUACAUUUCCAGCUUCUAGCCAGAGAAUUUCUCUCUUGGCCUUUGAAACUCAUGAAUGUAACAUUACAGUAAUUUCUG